AUGUUCACGGCUCCCGGAUCCAACCUCCAAAACAGCACAGGCGACGAAGCUGAACCUGUGCCUCCUCUGCCUAAAGACGGCACACGAGGACGUAUGUGGAGUGAAGUGUGGAAGUUGUGGUCUUGGCCACAAUUUCCUGCUUUGCUCCUCCGAAAGACCGCAGCCGCCCACGAAGCGGCCAUACAAGAAGUAAGCACUCGCUCAACGCCAACCGUCAACGCCGCCAUCGUCAUCAGCAAGCCACAAGCCGUCAUCAAUGCACCUGCACGAAGCCGAAGUCACCAUCAGCAAUCCACGAUCAACCCAACGUCAGCCCACCAUCCACGCCACUCCACAAACUCCGCAACACUCGAGCCGUACGAAGGAAAACAUUCGUCGAACUAG